AUAUUAAUGGAUCAUCAGAACUUAUCAGAACAUGUGCUUUGCAUGGUUUUGUAUUUGAUUGAGCUGGGGUUGGAAAAUUCUCCAGAACAAGAGUCAGAUGAAGAGGAAUCUGCGUGUGGACAAGAGCGUUGCCAUGAUAGUUGGUUUCCAGGCAGUAACUUGGUUUCUAACAUGCGUCACUUUAUUAACUAUGUCCGAGUAAGAGUACCAGAAACUGCUCCAGAGGUAAAGAGGGAACCACCUGCAAGUACGAGUUCUGAUGGCUUAGCUUCAUCACAAAGUUCAAGGCGGAAGAGCCUGCAGAGAGAGAACUCAGGGACAGCUCAAGUGUUCAGUUUGGUCGCAGAACGCAGAAAGAAAUUUCAGGAGAUCAUCAAUCGGAACACCAGUGAGGCAAAUCAGGUGGUUCGGCCCAAAACAUCAAUGAAAUGGUCAGCACCUGGUGCAACUCCACAGCUAACCACAGCCAUUCUAGAAGUCAAGGAAAGCAUACUGUCCUUGCUGAUUAAGUUGCAUCACAAACUCUCAGGAAAACAAAACUCUUAUUAUCCUCCGUGGUUGGAUGAUGUGGAUGUUUUAAUCCACCCAGAAAUGCCAAGAUACUCUCAUGGUGAUGGAAUGACGGCAGUAGAAAGAAUUUUAUUGAAAGCUGCUGUACAGAGCAGAUUGAAUAAACGUAUAAUUGAAGAGAUAUGCAGAAAGGUGACACCUCCUGUACCACCAAAAAAGAUUAGUUCUGCGGAGAAGAAAACUCUGGAUAAAGAAGAAAGGCGACAGAAGGCCAGAGAAAGGCAACAGAAGUUGUUGGCUGAAUUUGCUUCAAGGCAGAAAAGUUUCAUGGAAACUGCCAUGGAUGUUGAAUCACCAGAUGCUGAUACUGCCAUGGAGGUAGCUACAUCAGAGCAGCAUGUUUCUGAGGCAAUAUAUGAUUGUGUUAUUUGUGGACAAAGUGGCCCUUCUACUGAAGACAGACCUACAGGGCUAGUUGUACUAUUACAAGCAUCCUCAGUGUUGGGACAAUGCCGCAACAGUACUGAGCCAAAGAAACUACCAACUGCUGAAGAGGAGCAAAUAUACCCUUGGGAUACCUGUGCAGCACUGCAUGAUGUGAGGCUUACAACUUUACAACGAUACUUUAAAGAUAGUUCCUGCUUGCAAGCAGUGUCAAUAGGCUGGGAAGGUGGUGUUUAUGUACAAACUUGUGGUCACACUUUGCACAUAGAUUGUCACAAAUCUUACAUGGAAUCUUUACGGAAUGACCAGGUCCUCCAGGGUUUUUCAGUGGACAAAGGAGAAUUUACCUGUCCCCUCUGUAGGCAGUUUGCUAACAGUGUUCUUCCUUGUUAUCCUGGAAACAACGUGGAAAGAAGCCUUUGGCAAAGUCACAGUAACAAGUGUAUGCAAGAUCUUGUACAAGAGGUGGAAGAUCUUCAAGAACAGCUGGGAACUUUCCCAGUAAGCAUCAGUUCUGAAACCAAUCUCAGUAAAGAAAUGGAGUCUGUAAUGAAAGAUAUAAAAAGUACCACACAAAAGAAGUACACAGAUUAUAGUAAGAGUCCUGGGUCACCUGACAAUGAUUUUCUGUUUAUGUAUUCAGUAGCCAGAACAAACUUGGAACUUGAGCUGGUCCAUCGAGGAGGCAAUUUAUGUUCAGGAGGUGCAAGCACAGCAGGGAAAAGAUCAUGUUUAAAUCAGCUGUUCCAUGUGUUGGCCAUGCACAUGCGCCUCUACAGUAUAGACUCUGCAUACAAUCCCUGGAGAAAACUAACCCAGCCGAUACAGGAUAAAAAUUCAGAGCUGAUAAGUGAAGAUCUGCCAGAAGUUCCUAUGCUUUACAGAGAUGUCUCGUCCCUUUUGCUUAUCCAGAUUUUAACCAUGCCUCAACCAUUGCACAAAGAACACUUCACCUGCAUUAUAAAAGUGCUGUUCACUUUAUUGUAUACUCAAGCCUUGGCAGCACUAUCUGUUAAAUGCAGUGCUGAAGAUAGGAUGGCAUGGAAAGAGUCAGGAGCUCUCAAAAAGAAUACAUCCAAUGGAGAAAAAUCUUGGGAAGUAUUACUAGGUCAUGUGAUUAGUGAGCUGUCUAAGGGGAAGAUAUAUGAAGAAGGAGAGACUGAAGAAUUAACAGUGGUAAAUCCUGACUCUGUAGAGCGCUAUCUGCAGCAGUUCUGCCUGCCUUUCCUCAGGAUCACAAGCCUUCUUCAACACCAUCUUUUUGGAGGGGAUUUACCUAGUUGCCAGGAAGAUGAAGAAUUCACAGUUGUUGCAAGCUGCCUGGGUCUAUUACCAUCUUUUCAGUCGGCUCAUCGGUUCACCAGUGCCUCUUGUCUCGACUGGCCAGUGCCAGCAUUUGACAUGGUAUCACAGUGGUGCUCAGAAUUGACUUCAUUUGCAGAUAGACAUCCAGAUCAAGUAAAGGCUUUGCUUAUUCAGGAGCCUAAGUGGGACUUGCCACGCCUCCUUCAGUUGCCUGAGAAUUAUAAUACCAUUUUUCAGUAUUAUCACAGAAAGACUUGUACUGUUUGUACCAAGGUUCCAAAAGAUCCUGCUGUUUGUCUAGUUUGUGGUACUUUUGUAUGCUUGAAAGGACUAUGCUGCAAGCAACAGAGUUACUGUGAAUGUGUACUGCAUUCUCAAAACUGUGGAGCUGGGACAGGAAUAUUUCUUUUGAUUAAUGCAUCUGUAAUCAUCAUCAUACGUGGCCAUCGCUUCUGCCUUUGGGGUUCUGUUUAUCUCGAUGCACAUGGUGAAGAAGACAGAGAUCUUAGGCGUGGUAAACCUCUCUACAUCUGCAAGGAAAGAUACAAAGUGCUUGAGCAGCAGUGGGUGUCUCAUACUUUUGAUCAUAUCAAUAAAAGAUGGGGGCCACAUUAUAAUGGCUUGUAAAUCAUCAUCAUCAUCUACUCACUGUAUCAUUGAUGUUACCAUGAAGGAAUGCAUCUUGACUGACAAUAGCUUUAAUUGAAUGGGAGUUUAGCUCUUUGGCUCGGGGUGGAGCGGGGUAUGGGCAUAAAAGGGAAAUAGAACUUUGUCAACAUGUGAAAUUUUUGCAAAAUUAGCUGCUCUUGCUACUAAAUAAUGAUAAAAUAAUUUGAAAUUAAAUCCCCAGAAUAAUGUGAGCAAUCUGGUUGCACUCAGUAGUCCAUUUUUCUUAUGUUUCUAAAAGCCCAUUAUUGUUAAGAAGCACAAAUUUUACUUACAGUUGUUUAGAGGCUCCAGGGAUAGCUGUCAGGUUUUUAUUUUUCUCUGCAUGGAGUUGAGUUUUUAGCAAUUUUUGCUGAAACAGUGUAUAUGUCUACUACAUCUACUAAAUAUGUUGGAUAAAA